AUGGCGGCCGUCAAUGGCACGGGAGUUGUCAGGGCAGUGCUGCAGCACGUGUGGCAACAUCACAUCAUGGUUGCAGCACAGGUGGCGAGACGUCUAGUCGCUGCAUUUUAUUCCGGGGCCGAAGCGUUGGAGUUGUUACCAGAUCCACGCUCGGCGGUAGCGCGAAGCGGGAUUCUGUGUACCGCCGCGCCACACGAAAGAGCAGCCAGCACCACCAAAGGCGCGCACCAUAUCACGCUGUAUACCGUAGCAUCGUCUCUACUUUCAUUCCAGCCUCGAUGUGGGUCAUCUCGAUUGGAGCUGGAGAGCGUCUGCUACGCAGCCAUAGCAGUUGCCAGGGUCGAGGACGAAGUGCAUCGGACACCUGCCGACCCGCUCCUGCGCGACAUCGCGGACGAACUUGUCCGGCGAAUGUAG